CUCUCUAUGAACAUCAAAUAAAAAUUAAAAAAAAAAAUAAAAACACCAUAAAAUGCUCUCUCAUCCGGUCAUCCUCAUAUAAAAACCCCUCUUCCCUUCUCCAAUCCUCUAAACUCUUGCAUGUUCUUCUUCUCUUACUUUCUUCCUUCAAAAUCAUCACUCUUAAUCAAUCUCACUGACUUCCUUCUGUGAUAAUCCUCAAUCAAUUGGUUUAUAUGUCUUCCCCUGUGAUGAAUCGAAACCCUAGGUUCUACGAGAGAUCGAACUCUUUCAAUGGAAAAUCGGGAUUAUCUCCGACAAUGGAGAAACUCCGACGACCUAAAACGGUACCGGAUUUAAAGACGGGAAUGAGAAACGGUGUAGUUUCUCCGUCAAUGGAGGAAUUUAAGUCGAAAAGGUUAACGAAAGUGUUGGUGAAUGUGACGAUUCAAGGAAGUGUUGGUACAGUUCAAGUUCUUAUUAGUCCUGAUUUAACUGUUAAGGAUUUGAUUAUUGCUGCUAUUAAACAGUAUGCUAAAGAAGGUCGUCGACCUUUUUUAUCUUGCACUAAUUUGGAGGAUUUCAGUCUUCAUUACUCACAAUUUAGCCUCGAAAGUUUGGAUAGAGAUGAAAAGAUAGCAGAGUUAGGUUCUAGAAACUUCUUUUUGUGCAAGUGGAAUAAGGAGGUUGAAGAAGCUUCGUCUUGUUCGACACAGGCAGAAAAGGUUACAAAGCUUGGUUCUCCAUUACCACCUUGGCUUAAGUUCAUGAAUUUCUUAUUUUAAAAUCCAAACAAAAAAUUCAUUUGGUAAAAAUGUAAAAAGAAUUUCAGCAAUUAUAUCGACCUAUAAUUCUCUGAAUUUUGGACUCUGAAAGAACAACUACUUGCAAGAUUCUUUUCUUCGGUUCAAGAAAACCAUUAUCAAUAUUUUUGCUUGUAAUUUAAAUUUUAUUUUUAGUUGUAUUUUUGUUUUGAAGGAUUUAAAAAAUUGCAUAGUCUAGAAGUAGUAUAAUUGUACAGGUAUAGAUAGACUAAAAAAUUAGAAAUGAAUGGUUGUUUUGAUUUUUUGAAUAUACUCUGAAUAUGAAGAUGUGCCAGAUACACAGUUUAUUAUUUGUAACUUGAUUGAGAGUAAUUUUUUAUGUCAUGAAAAUUGCAAGUAUUAAAGAAAGUAUUAAAAGGAAAUUACUCUUUGAGAAA